CUCGGCUUCUUCUCCGGAGCCUUUGUGCUCCACUGUCUCUCAGAUUAACUCGUAUUGCAGCGGUGCCUGGAUAGUGUGACAUGUGUGGUUGUGCUGCUGCCGUGGUCCUGCCAGAUGCCUCCUGCUGCUGCUGUUAUCAUUAGUCAUACUUAGUAGACGUGGGUGGUGACAGCUUCACACUGUCCCUGUCCUGAUCCCAGGCUGUCUACGACCAUCCCUGACCCUCUCUGACUGUGUGACGUAGGACCACCGUGUUAGAGCCACGCCAAAGAUAUCAACACGUUUCGUUACUGCUGGUCGUCUUCAGUCUGGGACAGACCAGAGUCACACUGUGGGUACUGCCCAGGCUUUAGACAGUGGAGACACCAAAACAACAAAUGUGAUUUUAUGUAAGUCAGAUCUGAUCCAUCUGUGGCGGCGGUUUGAAAUGUGAUUCUAGAAGUUUACAGAAGUUUUUUUCUUCAUGUGACACGUUCAUCAAAUCUAAAGGGCUCAAAGCAGUGAGAAAAAUCCAGGCUGCUGCUGUACUUCCUUUCUCACUGAACAAAAAACCUGCUAACAUGACAGCUCUGCUGUAGUCAUGGGUACUUAUUAGUGCUGGCUCCUCUUGGCAGCAAUGGAAACACAACACCUGGCUGGAUGUGCUAAUUUAACUUCCUAACCAGCGAGGUGCAACAACAGGUUAUCACAAAAUACCGUCUGUCUCCGUCCACGCAACACAUGGAUCCAGAUGAGUCUGCACCCAGUCUGACAGACUGAAUCAGUCAGAGAUAUAAAAGAAGUGACCUCUGUAACAUUUCCUCAGGCCUCCAUGCUGCUUUCGGCAGUUUACUCACCUGUUCUCAGGCCUGUCUCCUUUUUAAACAGGAAUUGUGCAAAUUUGCAGGAAAGCCCAAUCAGUCUUUUUUCAGCAUUGGCAGUAUAAAAACAAAAUCGGGGAGUGCAGUAAAAUGCCGCCUACCUACUUUUGUUUAUACAGAAUGUGCCUUUUUCAGGGCAAUGGGGGGCGUGAGCAAGUAACAAAACAUGUAGCUCAGCGUGUGACGUAAACAGUGACGUGGGAGGGAAGCCGCGGCUGGUCAGUCCUUCGGUGAUUCUCUUGUAAGUCGGCCCGUCCUUCACCGUCCCCGUCAUCUGACGGUUAAUGGCCUCUUCGUUUGCGAGGACAAGGAGGGCGCACAAUUCCUUGUCUCCCCAGUUGCUCAUCUUCACAGUGUCUGUCAGGUUUGUGUUUCCCUCUUGCUACUAGCUGCUCGCUAAUUCCUGCUAUCAGCUGUUUCCUGUUUAUCCACCGCCAGUGGGUCGCACGUGCGGUGUCAUCAACAAGUCUUCAACAGCCCCUCCCAUUGUGGAAGGCUGCCUCGUCCUUUUUAAACCAAAAAGGUUCCCCCACUAUGUCUACCCUACGAGGUGGAAAAUUGGGCGCCUCGGGUCAAAUCAGCAAUCCGGCUCUGUGUGUCUAAACGCCUGCAGCUUGCGGGCAAAUCGGCCCAACAUUCGCCGAAAAUCUGGCAGUGUAAAAGGGGCUAAUGACAUUGAAUGUGACACACCAGGAAAAAUAAAAAUAGAAAGAUGUCCCUGUCUGCUGUAGAGCUGCGCAGACGGCUCUGAACUACUGAUGUUUUCCUGGCAGGUUUCCUCGUGUUUAAAAACCCACGUACACAUGCUGGAGAUGUGAAGCAAGGCGCUCGUCACAACAGUCAUCAGGAUGUUUAACAGCCUCCUCCAUCACUGGGUCUGUCUGCUGUGAUGGAGGAGUUCUGCCCCAAAGUCUGAUGGCGCGACUGUUUGGAGGGUGAAGUGAUGCACCUCCUUGUUGGACAGCUACAGAAGCUGAGAUGACAGAGAGCUGCAGAAGUGACGGCUGGUUGUCACUUCUGCAGUUAGCUGACCUGGAAAUCAGUGCUGACUUUCACACUGAGGACAAACACCACAUAUUGGUGGAUUUUUCUGUGCAGUGUGAGACAAGCUGAAGACAGAAUCAUCACACAGUUUGUGUUCUUCAGGUUCAGUCAGAGCAGCAGCUUCAUUUCUAACAAUCGAGGCCUGAAACAGACGAACAGCAGCUGUCACUCAGAGGGCGGAGUCUAUAACAGAGGUGAGAAGAGACUGAGCCGCAUGAACAAACAUGACUCACAGGCAGUCAGGAGGUGACCUGAAGACUGAUUGGAGACAUUAAAGGAAAACUCUGCUCACAAAAAGGAUGUCUGUGUAUCGGUUACUCACUCUGUGUACUGUGUGAAGUUAACUUAGUGUUUCUGUUGUGUCUCCACGGUGAACAGAGAAUCCAAAAACAGGAGAACAUUGUUGAUGAAUUGAAUUUAACAGGAUCCAAAUUUAAGAACAGCAGAACUACAUCAGAACAUCAGUAUUACAGACCGUCACACAGCUGGUCACACUCUCACUGGUCCAGUCAGACGAUCAGGACUCACCAGCCAGAGAAACAGUGGUGAUCAGCCGCAGUGGCAGGUAGAUCAAGGAGUCCAUCAGCCGCAGUGGCAGGUAGAUCAAGGAGUCCAUCAGCCACAGUGGCGGGUAGAUCAAGGAGUCCAUCAGCCACAGUGGCAGAUAGAUCAAGGACUCCAUCAGCCACAGUGGCGGGUAGAUCAAGGACUCCAUCAGCCACAGUGACUGGUAGAUCAAGGAGUCCAUCAGCCACAGUGACAGGUAGAUCAAGGAGUCCAUCAGCCACAGUGACAGGUAGGUCAAGGAGUCCAUCAGCCGCAGUGGCAGGUAGAUCAAGGAGUCCAUCAGCCACAGUGGCGGGCAGAUAGAUCAAGGAGUCCAUCAGCCACAGUGACAGGUAGAUCAAGGAGUCCAUCAGCCACAGUGGCGGGUAGAUCAAGGAGUCCAUCAGCCACAGUGGCAGGUGGAGUUCAUGUCCAACCCUGUCUCUGUAGUAGUUUCUUAUGUCUCAUUAGUUUUUUUGUUUGUUUAUUUUUUGGUUUCUGUAGUUUGUCACUCGGGGCUCCUGGUGUUAUUAAACCUGAAAUCACUUAUCGUGACAUUAAUUAAACUUAGUUAUAAACUUCAUUAAAUGAAGGGCUUUUUGUAUGUUUACUUUUCUUUAAUCAGUUUGUUUGUAUUUGCAGAAUAUGUAACUAUUAAUAACACUGAAAUGAACCUAUCUGACCUAUGACCUUUGAGCUCUGACCUGCUGCUGUGGGAGCAGCCUGUGUGGACACUGUCCUGCUAGAGGACCAACACUCCUUCCCUCCUGUCCUACCUUCCUCUCCUCUCCUCUCCUCUCCUCUCCUCUCCUCUCCUCUCCUUCCUCCUUUUUAUUACCCUCCCCUGAUGUGGGACAGGAUGUCGUCAUGGUGACAGGGUAAACAGACGAUAACAAGCCCUGAGCGCUGCAGAGCUCAUUUGGAUCCUGAGAUCGCUGCUGAGGGCCAGAAGAGACAGAGGAGAGACCGAGGAGACAGACAGAGGACAGAGGACAUACAGAUAUUUUCCCGUCAUGGCAGAGAGUGCAGACAUGGAGCAGCUCCUGACGUCUUUUAAGAAGUUUGCUGUCCACGGAGACAUGAAGGCCACAGGGAAGGAGCUGAACGGGAAGAACUGGGCCAAACUCUGCAAAGACUGCAAGAUCAUCGACGGCAAGAACGUCACCGGCACCGACGUCGACAUCGUCUUCUCCAAAGUCAAACAGAAGACGUCUCGGGUCAUCACCUACGAGGAGUUUCAGAGAGCUCUGGAGGAGCUGGCCCCAAAAAGGUUCAAAGGUCAAAGUACAGAGAAGGCACGGGACUCCAUCUUCAAACUUGUGGAGGGCAAAGAGCCCACCAACGUCGGCGUGACGAAAGUGGCGAAGGCGGGGGCCGUGGACCGCUUGACCGAUGCAUCCCGUUACACUGGGUCACACAAGGAGCGCUUCGACGAGAGCGGCAGGGGCAAAGGUCGAGAGGGCCGCGAGGAGAUCGUUGAGAACACAGGCUACGUGGGAGCGUACAAGAACGCCGGGACCUAUGACAGCAAGAUAAAGGCCGAGAAAUAACGAGGCAGCGCCGCUUCAUGCGAGCUGACAGGAAGUUUAGCUCCUCGACAGCACUUAGUGUGGACCAAACCUUGAACUCUGACCCCUCUGUGUGAGUGUGAUGAACUGUUUUCAGAUCAGAACCACAGAGUCUGAGACACAAAGGAUGUUUGUAAGUAAUGAAACCUGACCAGCUGUCAGCAGCCCCGCCCCCUCUCUCAGACUCAUCAUUAUGUUCCACCCUUGGACUGUAAGGUCCAUGUCCCACCAUCUCUUUAUUAGUCCAUGGCUGUAGCUUCAUUCAGACUGGACUGGUCUGUUGCGGAGGUGACUUGAGCUAAUGAUGCUAACACCAACAUACAGGCCUUACUGGGAACCAGUGUGACAGAAAUGAUGUCAUGUGAUGUGAUGUCAGCUGCAGGGAGGGGCUGCUGUUGUCUUCAGAGACAUGUCUCUAUUAGUGUCUCUGUUCCCAGUGAGCUGAACGAUGAGUGAACAGCUCCUGUUAGCAUCGUCCUCACGGACGGUCAGGUAACCAUGCAGAUCAACUGCACAUGCUCAGUUACAGAAUAUGAUCUGUGGUUCCACACUGCGGCCCAGGUGGUGGUGGCGUCUGCACCUCGGGAUGGUUUUACAAGAAGAAGAAGAAGAAAACAAAGCAGAUGCUUGUUCUGAAGACAGAUUGUGUCAGGAGACGUUUAUGUCAUCUGUCUUCACACAAAUGUUUUUCAGCCAAAACCAUCAAACUCAGGAGUUCUUUUGUUGUGAGGUCACCAUUUUCUUUUCUUCUUCUUCUUGGUUUUUCUGGUGGUUGACAAACUGGUAUGGAGCAUUACUGCCACCAUCUGGACCGGAGUGUGGAUCAGGGAGAGUGCACACAUGGGACCAAGCAGCAACCUCUGAGGCUGAAACAUGAAUCCAACCCUGCAGUUCCUCUGAUGACCACUAGAGUGCGUCCCCACAGAGCUCUAUGUUCACAUGUAGAAAUCAACAUGUUUACAGCCUGUCUGGUCUCUGGAGAUCAUUUCAACCUUUUAUAGAACUCACCUGUUUACACUUUAUUAAAGUCACACAUCAUUGAGGGGGUGGGGCCUCUUUGAGGGACAAGCUGUCUGAUGAUAGAUCCACCCCUCACUCCUCCACAGCUCCGCCCUCUGGCCCAAAUAUGGUCACUUCUGGCUCCAAAAAACCAAGAUGGUGAAGCUGAGAUGCUGAACUCAAAGCUUCAAAACAGAAAUUCACAAACUGCUAGGUGACAUCACGGUUGUUAGGUCCAUUAUUUUUACAGUCUGUGCGUGGCAGACCAGACUGACUCAAACCUUAGUUGUUGUGUGAUGGAACCUCGUGUGUCGAGCGCCACAGGGACGUUUAACACAGACGUGAUGUCGGAGCCUGACGUCCCACUGAAUGAUGUCAGUAUGUGUUUUAACACCUCCUCGCACACGUCUGAUCGGGCACAGCAGCUCAGUCAGCGCCUCCUGCUUCAGACUGUGACACGUUACCAACCCCUCAGCGUCAGCUUUACAGGCACAUGGCGUCUUUUAAAAUUACCCUCACAGAAAACAAAUGAAUCAGGAACAAUAAAACCAGCAUGCUGUGAGUCACCACACUUUGUAAAGUUCUCAUAUACAUAACCUAAAGUAAGUAGAUUUUUACACGGGACACAGACCUCCGUCUCCUGGGUCAAAGUCCUGUGUUUGUUCAAUACAUUCGUCCACCCUGACUUCGUCCCUACACAGACUCUGUCACUCUUCAUACUACGUCAGCUGAUGUCCACCUCUGAUUGGAUCAUCAUUACAUCACCACUGCAGCCAUGCAGAGCAUCACAGUUUGAAGUUCCAACUGGAGAGGGAAGUUUUUCAGUCUGAUUAACCUCCUGCAGAGUCUCAGCUCUCUGGCUCCCCCCUGUGGAGAUGUUAGUCUCUGUCCUGCUGAAUAUCUCUACAGCCCAGUUCAGACUGAAGAUCUGUGAUGAUGAGUUUUACUAAUAAAACCAGACAACAGCAAUUUGACCAGAUGACAUCAUCAGCCGGCUUGAGUCAUGCUCAGAUUGGACAGUUCACACCGCUGACACUUUUCUCUGUGAUGUUCUGAAACAGUUUUGUCUUGUCAUGGAUCUUUGGUCUCAACUGGGCUUCACACACCAUAAUAUCCUGUCAUGUCACCAUGGUUACAGGUUUCAUUCCCACCUCCUGUUACGUUGGUCCAGUCUGAAUGAAGCUUCUGUCUCUGUUAACCCUUUACAGUCAUGGACUUCAUCUGAAAGAUUAAAGGGCAGAAAUAUAAUAACUCUGUUUCCUUUAAUAAGCUGAAAAUCAGAACUGAUGUGGUCUUGUUACCUUAGAAUGAGAUGUUUAUAUUUACACAGGGAGCAGGUCCUCGUGUUGUACUACCAUGUUUCUACGGGAGCCCAGAGUGGACAAACCCAACACUGACUCUAGACAGAGACAUUCAGGUAGUUCUCAGUGGAGACGUGUCAGCUCCAGAUUAACAGCUCUGCAGACGAUGACAAAGUCCUUCAGUAACACACCAAAGUAAAUACUCUGUUACUCUAUUAACAGUAAAAGUACCAAAGUAUCAAUGUCAUAAUACACUUAAAGUACCAACAGUAAGAGUAUCAUUCUGCAGAAUAAUAUAUGUGACUGUGUUAUAAUACUGUAAAACUUCUAUUAAUAGUCCAGCUCAUCCAACCAACCUCAUCACAUGUCCACAUUUGGUCAUGGACGUUCCACGUCCACAUAUGGUGUGUGUUACGUGUUACAUCCUUUGUCUGUUUUCAAAGUACACUUCUGUGUUGACAGGAAAUGUACAGUUUGCAUACAGUCUCUUUCAAAAUAAAAGCACUGUGUCAGUGUUAUUCAAAAGGAAUAAAUGAAAUGCAAUGAG